GAAACUAACAACAAGCGACGCCAUUCAUAGUUCAUGAUAACGCGCACGGAAACUCCGAAUUGUGUUAAAACCCAUACACGGCUAUAAAAGAUCGUCAUACUUGCUGAUGUGGUUGUGCUCUCAGUUUCGUUGUGACAGAUACAGUCAGAUUUGAAUUGCAAUGAAUAUUAACGCAGGUGGAUUAGUUUUAUUGUGUUUUUUCGGUAUCGCUACCGGUAACUGGAUAUUUCCGCACGAGGUGCAGUUCAAUCUUAGUGAAAUACUGAACAAAAACUGUGGAUACUCUCCGUACACGGAUCGUACCAAACCGGAAGAUGGACGGAUUUUCGAAAACCCCUGGUUGGUAUUGUUCCGACAUCCCGAAGAGCAGGAAUGGUUUUGUCAGGGGACUCUAAUAACCGAACGACACGUCCUCACUACAGCCAUCUGCACGGAGGCAAUCGUUCCGAAUGAAACAAUCAUCGUUCUUGGCGAGUACGACCGAACAGCGGACCCUGAUUGCGAGUCGGAACAUGUUUGCAACUCAGCACCAAUAAUCGAACGGCUUCCCCACAACAUUAUUGUUCACCCGCACUUCCAGAACAAUACGUACGAAAAUGAUAUCGCACUGGUGACGUUCAACAGGCGGAUCAUCUACAGUAACAAUGUGAUGCCUAUCUGUUUGCCAUUAACACCAAUCAUCCCCUCGCUAAUUCAUGCGCCGAUCGCUUACAAUACUUUAUGGACGGCGGAACACCGCGUGCCGAAGCAGAUACGUAUGGAGUAUAUCGCUCAAAGCACGUGCCAAGAACGAAUGCGACAUCUGCUCUUGUUGCACGAGGGGCAGAUUUGUGCCCAAUAUGCAAAACGCGUUAAUAUUAAGAUUACUAGCGGUUCUGGGUCGCCGUUGCUGAUGGAACAUCACGAUCGAACGUUUCAAUUGGGAAUUCUUUCGAUCGGGCUUCUCGACGCUACUUACUUGGAGCCGUACGUGUAUGUAAACAUUUCUACACACAUCAAGUGGAUCCAUGAUACUGUCUCUCUACUUGAUGGAACCCAACAAUAAACAAGUUAAUUUAUUGAUAAUGAGAAUACAUUUGCUUCGGGGUUUACCCAACUUCAGCGUGACCCUUAACUUUAUUAUCUCUACUAAAGCAAAUUACGCCAGCGUCUUGUACAUGCGCUUUUCUAGCUCGGCUUCAAUGAUCUCUAGAAACCAAUUAUAGUACGGCGCUACGGAAGUUAUCACGUAUGGUUCGUGCAUCUUAGCCGGGUACCGUGGACCAUAGGAAAGUAAACCAAUCAAAAAAAUCUUGUUUCCUUCAUGCACCGUGUAAAUAGGCGCACCGCUUCCACCUCGUAAAUUUGGUUCAAGUUCCAGUUUGGUCACUUGCGUGUGUCUCUCAUCAAACGCUAUGCAAAACAUUUCAUUCGCCAGCGAGAUGGCGUUAUUUGGCAUUAGACGUUGGCACUCGUGAGGAGUGAUGGCUUUCAUAAAGUAUUGUUUCGGUGUUAGCGAUAACCCAGUUUCUCGCCGUCCACACCAGGACGCUAUUAAAAGGAAGGAACUCUGAAAGUUUGCAUCGCGGUUUAAACAAAUAGGAGCGACCGAGGUGCCAUCGAUAGUGACUGGUAGUCUUAACUUAGCCAGUGCAACAUCGUUUCUUUGGUUAAACAGGUCAUAUUCGGGGUGUAUAAUGACUUCAUCGAUAUGAAUUGUUUGCACUGACGGGGCACAUGCUUCUUCCCCAGUGGCAUCCUUCUCGCAGUCGGAUUCGGCUGAUGUGUUGUGUUCGCCAACUCGUGCAUAUGUGCUGAGAAUUAAUUUUAAACAGUUAGAUAUUGUCACAUCGGGAUAAGACUAUAUUAGCUUAUACAUACAGUUGACCCAAAUCUUUAAAAUGAGCUACAAACACCGUUGUCAGCACAAACUUUGAGUGUAUCAAUAGGCCUUGAAAAACGUAGCUCACAACAUUCCCUUUUUUGUAGCCAAACUGAACGAGCCAGGGAUGCUCAUACAGGCGAGUGUCAACAGGGAAAUCACUUUCAUAGUAACGGUUUCCGCAAGAUCGGUUGUCCAGAGGCGAUUCUUCCGAAUGGGAGAGAUCUCCCUCUAUCUUCUCCGAGAGCGCACAGCAUCCUGCCACGUACUGAGCAGCUAUCAACAGUAACACACCGACAAGUGUACGAACCAUCGCACCGACUGGACUUACCAGCAUUAAACUCAACUAGCUUGAUAAUGAUGCAUUUAAUCUAACUGGUGGUUUACAGUGGGAGUAGCAGCACCGCUGUUAUAGUUAAUACACAAAAUAACGCUUUUUGUGGUAGGAAUUUUUAACCAUCUUUACUUCGUUACACAAUAUUGAAAAAUUCGAUCGUUACAGUUCAUUCAGAUAUUAAAUAAAAUUGAGCUAAAAUUGUGUGAGCUUUAGUUUACCCUUGACUUGGGUCAAAAGCCACUUACCAAGCCCAUUAUGCCAUUGGAAUAAAAAAAUAUACAAAUGUUUUACUGUCCACUGUACGCUAGGACAUGCUAUCGCCUCUACUACGGUGCCGGGCGAAUACUUGACUGAAUGAUCUUCUUCGCAUUAACUUUUUAGCAUAUAGUACGUGUACGUCAGUCUAGGUGGAUGUGUAUUUCAUAUGGACUGGCAAUGCGUACAAUUUUUGUUUACAAACUUUUAUUGACCCUCUGGGGUGUUAGUGGACAAUGUGCGUAGACCUUGUUGCUGGCAUUGGAUUAUGUGUUCAUUUUUGCUUUUAUGUUUAAUGCCGUCGUUUUGUUCUGCUUUUAGGGAUAUUCCCGGACAAAUUGCACAUGGAUUUCAGCUCCACCAUCAACAAACAUUGCGGCGAAAUGCCGUACAGUGUACGGGAACGUCCAGCCUUCGGACGAAUAUUUGAAAAUCCAUGGCUGGUGCUUUUACGCCAUCCGGAAGAAACGUUACACUUUUGCCACGGAACACUGAUUAGCGACAGAUAUGUGCUAACAACCGCAAUCUGUGGGAUGACCGUGGUGACUAAUGCGUAAGUAGAAGAACCACCGCUUUCUGUCCUGACACCGUGCAGUAAAAGCAAGAGCACCAAUCUCCCUAGAAACGCCACCGCGCAACAACAAGCAACGGAGAUUAUAUUGGGUGAACAUGACCUUAGCACGGAGACGGAUUGUGUAAAUGCUUGGAACUGUUCGGUACCAAUCAGCAGACGAUCCGUCGAAACGGUGAUUGUUCAUCAAAAUUUUAGCAGUACCUUUUAUGAAAAUGAUAUUGCCCUUCUCUACAUGAACGCGUCGAUCCGGUUCGAUAACAGUAUUCGUCCCAUAUGCUUACCUUUGGUGUCCAUAGUAGAUGAUACUGAUGCCCACGGGCAGACGAUAUACAACACCAUUUGGUCGAAGGACAGUGUUCCAAGGCAAAUUUGGAUGCGCAAUGUUCCUACCGAGAUUUGCCGAGAACAGAUAAAAGAGCUGUUUGUUCUAAGUAAAGGACAAAUAUGUGCCCGCAUCUUUUUCGAUAAAUUGCCGGUGGAUAUGAACGGAAGUGCCGGUUCUGCAUUGCAGGUAGACCAUCACGGUCGUAUUUUUCAGUACGGCCUAUUAUCGGUUGGAUUUCCCAGCGUUAUUGAGAGGGCGCCUUAUGUUUAUAUUGACAUAGCAAAGUACAUUAACUGGAUACACGAUGCAGUUCAGCAUAAUCCAUAAUCAUCGCUUAUUGCGAUCUACUCAAUAAAUGCGUGAGAAUCGAAUUCAUUUAUAGCAAUCUGCAGCGUUGAGGCAACAGUAGUAAGCGAGUACGAUUGGCGCUUUGGGACCAGAACAGGAGUGGGAAAAAA